AUGACAAAGAUAAUAAUAUUAAAAAUAAUGAAUUUAAAUCAUUUAAAUCAGAAUAAAGAAGAGUUAACAAUUGAAGAAUUACAAACAAUUGAAUUAGAUAAUGGAUUACCAUUAAAUGGUGAUGAAAAUGAAUUGUGA